CGGUUGCCGUGGUGCCGCAGGCCCUGCAGCCAGUGGCUCAGGGCGCUGCGGCCCCUUUAAGAGCCGGAGCCAGGCGAGCAGGCCAGGCCCGGCUGUGAGCGGAGGAGCCGGCACAAAGUUUUCCCUUUACGGCUCCGGGAGCAGCGGCCCGGGCGGGCGGCACCGAGCGCGGGGGGAGCCAGGGCCCGGGGGAACCGGUGGCCGCAACUAGGAGCCGCGCGGAGCCGUCCCGGCAUGAGGAAGAGCCGCGGCCGCUGCAUCCCCGAGCUCGGCCCGGGCUUCCCUUGAGAGCCAAGCGGGCGCCCCGCCGCAGCCGCUUCCCCUGCCCCUUCGGAGAGAGCCGCCUGGCAGGGCCCUUCCCAGCCCCCGGGGAGAGACUCGGCGCCUGGGGCCUCCCUGACUCCCUCCCCCCGGUGCGAGUGGUGCCCUUGUACUGAGCGCCCCAGUGAAGGUCGGGGGUGGGGUUAGUGGCCCUCUCCUAGCCCUGCCCCCCCCCGAGCCUGGGACAGACACCUGCUCCUGACAGCAGGGCUCAGCCCCCCCCGCCCGCGCCCAGGGGGCUGGGUUUGUCUGGAGGUGUGUUGUGACUUCCUGCCCCACGGUUUCAGGGAAGCAGCUCCCUCCUCUGCUCCUAGGCCUGCUCUUUGUCACCCUUGUUUUAAUGACUGGUUGGGGUGAUUGGCUGAGAUGAAAGUGACUGUUUCUUUUGGGAAGACGGGGAUUGUGGUUCCCUGUAAGGAUGGGCGGCUCCGUGUCAGAGACUUAACCCAGCAGGCUCUUCAGAGAUACCUCAAAACCAAAGAAAAGGACCCUGCUUACUGGGUGAACAUUCACCACCUCGAGUAUACAGAUGGGGGGAUCCUGGACCCAGAUGAUGUGCUGGCAGAUGUUGUGGAGGACAAAGAUAAGCUGAUUGCCGUGUACGAUGAACAAGAAUUGCACAAUAAGAUUGACAGCAUCAGUGGCAGUUUGACAGACAGACCCAGCCCAGAACCUUUUGAGAUGGAGAUGGCUGCCCAGCUGGCUGCCUUUCAGCCAAUUGGUGGUGAGAUUGAGGUGACUCCUUCUGCACUGAAAUUGGGCACACCGCUGCUAGUGAGGAGGAGCAGUGACCCAGCGCUGGGCCCACCUGCUGGCUUCCACCCAGGUGUUGCACACCCCACCGACAAUAGUCUGAAAUCCGUUGUGGCUGGUGCAACACAAUUAUCUUUUGAAGAUGGAGAAAUGGAUCUCACUGGGCACACUGAACAGCUGACAUCUAUGAAGGCCAAGUUCACUUUCAGUGAUAUGACAAGAACAGUAGAGAUUUCUGGGGAAGGUGGCCCUCUGGGGAUCCAUGUAGUACCCUUCUUUUCAUCUCUGAGUGGAAGGAUUCUAGGACUCUUUAUUCGUGGUAUUGAGGAGAACAGCAGGUCUAGGCGUGAUGGUCUUUUCCAUGAAAAUGAGUGUAUUGUGAAAAUUAACAAUGUGGACCUCGUAGAUAAAACCUUUGCACAGGCUCAGGAUAUCUUCCGUCAGGCAAUGAAAUCUCCAAGUGUCUUCUUGGAAGUGGUUCCUCCAUAUAAUCGUGAACAAUAUGAAAAGUCUGUCAUUGCUCCCCUUUGUUUGCUCGAUAAUGAUGAAGGAGUUCCAAAAACAAAGGUUUCACCUCCUGUUCUUACGAAACCAACUGUGAAAACAGUAGAUCUCUCUGGAAUGAACAGCCUGGAGACAGAUCUGCAGGCAACACUACAACACGCUAAGAGCCCCAAUCUCCCAAGGUUGGGUAAGAAACCAUCUUCGCCAUCACUGUCUCCUCUGAUGGGCUUCGGCAACAAGAAAAAUGCAAAGAGAAUAAAGAUAGACCUUAAGAAAGGUCCUGAAGGACUUGGUUUCACUGUGGUUACCAGAGACUCUUCAGUUCAUGGUCCUGGUCCUAUUUUUGUGAAGAAUAUUUUGCCAAAGGGGGCAGCAGUCAAAGAUGGUCGUUUGCAGUCAGGAGACCGAAUACUGGAGGUGAAUGGCAGAGAUGUCACUGGCAGGACCCAGGAAGAACUAGUGGCUAUGUUGAGAAGCACUAAGCAAGGGGAGACUGUCUCUCUGAUCGUGGCUCGGCAGGAGGAAGCCUUUCUGCCUCGAGAGCUGAAAGGAGAGCCCAACUGCAGUAUUCUUUCACUGGAGACCACAGAACAGCUGACCUUUGAGAUACCCCUGAAUGAUUCAGGUUCUGCUGGACUUGGUGUCAGCUUGAAAGGCAACAAAUCUCGGGAGACUGGGGCUGACCUUGGGAUUUUCAUCAAAUCCAUUAUCCAUGGAGGUGCAGCUUUUAAGGAUGGCCGCCUGCGAAUAAAUGACCAGCUGAUUGCAGUGAAUGGAGAGUCUCUUCUGGGGAAAUCCAACCAUGAAGCCAUGGAGACACUGAGACGUUCCAUGUCUAUGGAAGGGAACAUUCGCGGGAUGAUUCAGUUGGUGGUUCUCAGGAGACUGGAUAGACAAAUGCAGGAACACUCAGAUCAUGUUUUUUUUCCAAAACGAGCACUUGAGGGCAGUCAGACCUUUACCACUAUCUCCAGGCGCAAUGAUGCUGUCCUGCAGCAAUUUGUAACUUACAGUCCUCAGGAAAGACUAAAAGUUUCAGAGCUGACUAUGUCUGAUCGUGGGAGUGCCGAGAAUGAAGUUCCACCUCCCCUGCCCCCACAUCCCAGUGAGGAGCUGCUUUCUGAAGAUUAUAAUCAUAGCUCUGUAGUGGAUUCAGCAGCAUAUUUAACAGAUCAGAACAUCAACUUCAGAUCUUUGACAACAGCCAAGCAGCCUGAAUCAAUUAAUCUGAAAACCUCCAAAAGCAUGGAUCUUGUGGCAGAUGAAAGCCAGGUUAGUUCAUUGGCUGGACACAAACAAGAAUCUCCUGGCAAAGAUUUUGGUCCCACUCUGGGCUUAAAAAAGUCCAGCUCCCUGGAGAGCUUGCAGACGGCUGUGGCUGAAGUCAGGAAGAAUGAACUUCCUUUCCACAGACCCAGGCCUCACAUGGUCCGUGGUCGGGGCUGUAACGAGAGCUUCAGAGCUGCCAUUGACAAAUCUUAUGAUGGACCUGAAGAUGCAGAAGAGGAUGGUCUGUCUGAUAAGAGCUCUCUCUCUGCUCAAGAAACUCAGAACUUUGAAUCAGCCCCGCAAGGGAAUCCUGAACUAGAAGAUGUAGAAACCAAGGCAAAGAAAGACAAAAAAAAUAAAGAGAAGGAGAAGAAAAAAGGAAAGAGCAAAGCUAAAGUCAAAGAGAAGAAAAGGAAGGAAGAAAAUGAAGAUCCAGAGAAGAAAACGAAGAAGAAGGGUUUUGGUGCCAUGUUGAGAUUUGGAAAGAAGAAAGAGGAGAAAGGUGGGAAAGCUGACCAGAAGGGAAAUCCAAAACACAGCACACUGAGAGAAGAAGAACUAGAAAAGAUGAAAGAUGAGCGUGAAAGUUUUGUACCAGCAACACACCCUACGCUAAAAUGUGAAGGAUUGGUGCAAAACAUCAGGAAUUACGGCAAAAGCAGGCAAGAGGGCUUGCUGAUUACUCCACAAGCCCUGUAGGUCCACCACCUGAUGAUGAUGAUGAUGAUGAUGAGAUGGACCCAAAUUAUGCCAGAGUGAAUCACUUCAGAGAGGCUUACCCAGCAGCAAAUGUCUACAGGCCAUCGUCUCCACCUGUAGCAGAAACCUUUGGAUACCCACGGGAUAUCC